AAUAUUUCUAUUCGGGUUCGUCUACCCCGUAUGUUGCCUGAGUAGAGAGCGGAGAGGCCACUCCAAAAUCCGGAAGCUUCAAACAGCUGCGGUGGCUGGCUACUCUCCUUUCACUCUUAAGAAUGACCAAACCGCUAUCAACUUUCACGGCGGCGACAAACAACACGCCUCCUACUCCGGCCACCGCUCCCACCUACCAAACAAACAAACGCCGCCAAACUCCAACCACAAUACUUUCCCUUGACGCUGAUAUCCUCUGCACCAUCUUCGCUUUCCUCAACAUGUUCGACCUCGUUCGCUGCUCUCUCGUUUGCAAAUUCUGGAAUGCAAUCCUUGAGUCUCGGUCGCUGCGAGAGUUUUAUGAGAAGAAGCUGCUGAAGAAUUCUCCGACGUCGAGUUCAUUUGAAUUUACUAAAAAGUCCUUGAGGGUGACUUUAGGGGAAGUGGCUAUGAAUCAGAAUAGAUUGGCGCUUCAAUGUGGUAGGUUUCAUGUUGAUCAGUGGAGAGGUCAUUCAACCGCGGUUUCUCAGUGCCGGAUGAAAAUGGGUACGGUUGUUACUGGUGUGGGAGAUAAGGUUAUUCGUCUCUGGUCAUUAGACAGCUACAAAUGUGUAGAAGAAUACUUGAUACCUGAUGUGUUACCUCUAGUAGACUUUGAUUUUGAUGAGAGCAAGAUAGUUGGUCUCAUUGGUAGUCGUUUGUGCAUAUGGAGGCGGAAUGGGAAAAGAAGUGUAUUUCCUUCUCUUGAAGGCAAAUUCAUAAAAGGUUCAUGCAUGCGUUACUCUGACCCAGAAGCUAUGGUUGGAUGUGAUGAUGGGGCUGUUCGUGUUUUUGACAUGUACAGUAGGAGAUGCACUCAAAUAAUUAGAAUGCAUGAUGCACCUAUAACUUGUUUAUGUUUAAGUGAAGAUCAACUGAUACUAAGUGGCUCCACUUCAGGGAGUGUAACAAUAUCAGAUCCUUCCUCUGCUCAGAAAGUAGCAACAUUAAGAUCAAGUGAUGUUAGAGGCAUAAGGACCUUGUGUUUAGGCUCUCAACUACUGUUUGCCGGAUCAGCUGUUGGGUAUACAUAUUGUUGGGACAUGAGGACAAGGAGACUGAUGUGGAAGACACGAGUGAGUCCUAAUGUCGUGUACUCUUUACAGCACAUGCAGAGUGACAAGUCAACUUUGGCUGUUGGAGGAAUAGAUGGUAUCUUAAGAUUUCUAAAUCAAAAUGAUGGCAAUAUUGUUUCAAGUUGUAUUAUAGACAAUAAAUUGUUGUCAACACAUCAAAGCAAUUCAGGCUCCAUCCAAAGGAGGAAGGGAAAGAGAUUGCCUGAGGAUACAUACAUAAAUAUUGAUGUCAUUCCUAUGACUUCUCGACCUUCUAUUACAUGCCUCGCUGUUGGAAUGAAGAAGGUUGUUACCACACACAAUACCAGGGACAUCAGAUUGUGGAAAUUCAAAGACAAUAAUACUUUUAUGUUGUAAAAUUACGAAUUUAAAUCUAUUUGUUUUAUAUUUGUUUCUGAUAAUCUGUGGUGUAACAAAAACAAAGUCACUCUUACAUAGUCAAUUUAUUGUGUAGUUAUGACAGCUUUCUAGUUUGAGUCUAGCUCAUUGCAAGUAA